AUGUCGCCAAUGCCUUGGGAGCUCCCGGCAUUGGUGCCAGGGCGGUCGUGGCUUGCUUGCACCAUCUUGGUCCUCACAUCUUGUGUGACUUCCACUACUCUAGGCUUUGAUGGCUCCAUGAUGAACGGUCUCAACAUCCUCCCCUCGUACACAGAUUAUUUCACUCUUACCACAGCCACUCUGGCGCUCAACACGGCCUCAGUAUGGAUGGGCAGCGCCAUAGCAGGUAUCGGAUACGCCAAAGUCCCCGACUGGAUUGGUCGUAAAUGGGCUCUGUUCUUUGGUGCCGUCUCCACCAUCAUCGGCGUUGUCCUCCAGACUGCGGCGCAGAAUAUCGCCAUGUUUGUGAUCGCGAGGAUCAUCAUCGGCUUCGGAACCGGCGCCUCGUCUAUCGCCGCGCCAGUGUAUCUGUCAGAGACCGUGCCCGUGAAGCUUCGAGCUGUUUCGCUGGCCCUUCUGUAUGACUUUUGGUAUGUUGGCGGUCUGAUCGCUGCUGGUGUCACCUAUGGCACCGCAAAGAUGGAUUCCACCUGGGCCUGGCGUCUUCCGUCGGCCCUGCAAGGCCUCUUCAGCGUUCUCUGCAUCGUCCUCAUCCCAUUCACCCCAGAGUCUCCUCGAUGGCUUCAAGAUCAGGGACGCAGCGAAGAAGCCCUCCUGGCAUUGGCGCAGACUCAUUCGAACGGAAAUAUCAAUGACGCGGCUGUGGCUGUUCAGUUCCGCCAGAUCACGGAUACCCUGGCGUUCGAGAAGUCGUUCGAGAGACCUUCUUUCGUCAAGCAGUUCGCCAACAGUGCAUCCACGCGCAGACGCAUAUUUUUGGUCUGCACCGUUGCUGUCUUCUCCAUGCUCUCCGGGAACAAUAUCAUUUCCUAUUAUUUCGGAACCAUGCUCACGCAGGCGGGAGUGACGAACUCAACCACGCAGCUGGAGAUCAACAUCAUCCUCAACGCAUGGUGUCUCGUCGUUUCACUCGUGGGCACCGCCAUGGCAGACAAAUUGGGCCGCAAGGCUCUCGCUGCUAUCUCCACGGCGUUGUUGACCAUCUUCAUCUUCCUCGUGGGCGCGUUGACGAAAGUCUAUGGAGACUCGACGAACAACUCCGGCAUCUACGGGACCGUGGCCACGAUCUUCCUCUUCCAAGGAGCGUACAGUUUCGGCUGGACGCCGCUUACUGUCUUAUACCCACCGGAGGUCCUCAACUAUGGCCUGCGCUCGCUCGGCAUGGGUGUUUAUACCUUCCUCGUAAAUGGGGUGGGAUUGAUGGUGACAUUCGCUUUCCCCUUUGCGCUUGAAGCUAUCGGCUGGAAGACGUAUAUGAUCAACGGUGCCUGGGACGUUCUUGAACUGGUUGUGGUCUUGGUAUUCUGGGUCGAGACCAGUGGGCGCACAUUGGAGGAGAUUGAUGAGAAUCUCGACGGCGAGGUCCACAGCGAGGCGCCCAAGCUGAGAGCAAUCAUGGGUGUGGCGCCAGAAGACCGGGAGGGAAUCGUGGAUGCCUUGGCCUUGGGAAAGGACAAGAAGAUGGAGAUACUGGGCGAGGUGACAGAGGUGGCCAAGGAGUAG